UCCGAUCCUGACAGACGUCAUAGUCAGUUUUAAUUAAAAGUUGUUUCUGUUCGAGUGUUCGUGUUUAAGUCAGUCAGCCAUGUUUUGUGUUAGAAGUGGUGAUAGUUGUUCGUGAUAAAAUCUUUUCCGUGAUUUAAACAGAAUUUUAUGAAUAUUACAUGUGAUAGUGAGUUUUCAAUGAUAUUUUGUGUAACGUCACACCUUCUGCUGCAAAAAUGAAUUGGGGAACUGAGCUUUGGGAUCAAUAUGAUAACUUAGCCGCCCACACACACAAGGGGAUCGAGUUCCUCGACAAGUAUGGCAACUUUGUCAAGGAGAGGUGCGCCAUAGAGUUAGAAUAUGCAAACAAACUUAGGAGGUUAGCGAAAAGUUAUCAACCCAAAAGGAAAGAAGAAGACGACUAUCAAUACUCUCCGUGCAAAGCGUUCAGACAACUCCUGCAGGAGCUGAACGACUUCGCCGGUCAGCGAGAGGUGGUCGCUGAGAAUUUGCAGUCAAACGUGGUCAGGGAACUGCAUUUGCUGGCUAAAGAAUUACGCGAGGAGAGAAAGCAACAUUUGAACGAGGGUGCGAAACAAAUGGCUGUGUUGAACACGGCGAUAGGUGCGCUUGAGCGGGCGCGGAGAGCGUACGAGAGGGCGGCGCGUGACUCCGAGCGGGCGCUCGAGGCCUUUCAGAAAGCGGACGCUGACUUCAACCUCAGCCGAGCGGAGGUAGAGAAGCAAAAAAUAAAUAUGAAAUCGAGGAGUCAAGCGUGCGAGGAAGCGAAACAGGAGUAUAUGGACCAACUGAGGAAAACAAACGACGCGCAGAGACAGCACUAUGAACAGAGGUUGCCGCACGUGUUUAAACAAUUACAGGAUUUGGACGAGAAGCGAAUAAAAAAUAUCAAAAAUUUCAUGUUAAGUUCUGUGGACGUUGAGAGGAAGGUAUUCCCAAUUAUAAUGAAGUGUUUUGACGGAAUGGAUCAAGCCGCCAACAGUAUUAACGAAAGAGAGGACACACAGUUAGUAAUAGAAAGGUAUAAGUCCGGCUUCCUGCCGCCCGAGGACUUCCGGUUCGAGGCGGCCACCGGCGCAGACGCCACGGACUCAGCUCCGACCCACCAGACACACAAUCACCUCACCGCGGCCAGAGGGACCGUCUCCGGGAACCGGAUCAAGAAGCGCGGAGGACUCCUGUCUAUAUUUAGCUCAAAUAAGAAGAUUAUCGAGGCGUGCAACUCAAUCAAGAAUAACAUGUCGGUGGACGGAAAGGAGGAUUAUUCAGACUUGCCGCCCAAUCAGAAGAAAAAGAAACUACAGGCAAAAGUCCACGAGUUGUCUAAACAGGUCGCUCAGGAGCAAGCCGCGAUGGAGGGUCUCAUGAAAAUGAAAGGCGUCUACGAAACAAACCCCACGCUCGGCGAUCCUAUGACGGUCGAAGGUCAACUGAACGAGUGCUGCGACAAGCUAAAGAAGUUGCGAGCCCAGCUGCGGAAGUACGAGGAGCUGUUGACGGAAGCUAACAGUCAGGUGUGCGCGCAGCCAGUACAUCCUACCGCGCGGACUAACGGAACAGCGCACACGCAGGCCACGAGUAUCGGUUCGAACAGCGAGUCUCUGUCGCGGUCGGCGUCCGAGUCGUCGGUGAGUACGGGCGGCUGCGCCGGCGCCGGAGUUACGAGCACUCGCGCGGCCGGCGGCUCGCCCGAGUCGGGGCUGGGCGGGGAACUGGCCGCCGCGCACGUCGACACACACGACCACGAUCACGACCACGACGACCACCACGACCACGACCACGAGUCGGACUUCGACUAUUACUACGAGCCCGAUCUGCAGCCGCUCGGCUAUUGCAAAGCGUUGUACGCGUUCGAAGCUAACGGCACGGGUUCUACGAUGAGGAUGGAGUGCGGUGAACGGCUUCUGGUGCUGGAGACAGACGCCGGUGACGGCUGGACGCGGGUGCGGCGAGCGACCACGCGGGAAGAGGGCUUCGUGCCGACCACAUACAUCGCGACCACGCUGUACGACCACCGCGACCACUAGCACGCAGGAGUGUGUUCAGGAACAGUGGUCCUGUGUUCGUCGACGAAACAUCGAGAAGACUGUGUUCGCGAGAGACUCUGUGCAAUCUCUAGUGCCGCGCAUCAGCGCAUUCAAAUGUUCUCUGUGGCCUAUAUAUAACAUAAUGGUAUUUUUGCUAUAAUUUAAAAAUUAUGCUUCUGUAUCGCGUACACUGCGUAGUGCCGGGCCAGACUGGAACUAUGAAAUCAUAAUAACAUUCCAUGAUCUUAUUUAUUGUGUAAAUUUAUAUUUGUCGAUUAUGUGGCGUACAUAUUUUACAUGUACCUUCGUGUGAAUGUAGCGUAACUUAGGGUUGGCACACACUGAGACACAACGCUACAUAUUAAAAAACUUUAUUAACAAUAUAAAAAGGUAUUUAUUUCGGGCCUCAUAAAUAGUCUACUACUGAAAAUUUUACUUUUUAUGUUGUUAAUAAAAAAUUGUAUAGUUGUCUCGGUGUGCGCACACCCUUAGUGUAAUAUUUUUGUAAUGCGUCUCUAUUGUGCCAGCUGUUUAAGUGUUAAGGUACCUGCCGUACUUAUGUAAUAGUUGUUACUGCUUCUAUGUGAUUCCGACAUCGGGUUAUCGAAAUUAUAGCAAAAAUAAGGUUAAUUUAAUUUGUAAUAUAUGUAAACAUUAAUGUAAUUCACUAUGGAAAACGUACUCAAAUGACGUAUGGGAUGAGUUGAUAAUAUCCGAUAUAUCAUAUGUAUUAUACAACAUAAUGUAAUUGAAUCUUACUUAGUUAUAAAUUGCUAGCUAAAAAAUAUCAUUAAAUUAGCAAAUGCUAUUUUCUAAAUAUGUUGCAGUAUGCAAAAGUUAUAAUGUAUUUAUAUAUAGUGAGAUGAAGGAUGUGUGGAAUGCAUUUGAUUUUUAUAAAAUAAAAUUAUCUGAUGACCUAUUA